CAUCCUCGCUCUGGAUACGUCUUUGGUAUCGGUAAAAACCUAUAUGACAGGUUGCAGGACGAUCAAUAUAAUUAUCGGCGGGAGAUAAACACUUAUUAUCCUUUCCAUGACGAGGGGGAGUGGGAAUUAGCUAGUUUCUUGAUUCAAAACCUGAAUCAGACUCAAAUUGACAAGUUCUUGAAGUUGAAAUGGUUUAGCACUCGCCCAAAACCAUCUUUCACCUCAAAAGAUCAACUUCUAGAUUGGAUGGACGCACUACCCUGUCUUGCAGAGUGGAAAGUUUCAAAACUAGAGUUUACAGGCUACAAGACU